CGCCACGCGCGAAGAUGCCCCGAGCAUUCCUGGUGAAGAAAACCAGCGUCGCCACCGGCAAGAGGAACUGGAGCGAGCUGCCUGAUGAGGAACGGGGCGAGAUCUACGUGCCGGUCUCGCUGGGUGGCUAUGCCCUGUGGAAAGAUCUGGAACCAUCCGUUGCUGAGCCCCCCUCGUACCCGAUGCCGCUGGACAUGACGAUACGAGACUCCAGCUACACCGCCGCCCAGCCUCACUGCACAGCUCAGGUCCCCAGUGGGAUACCCCAACAUGGGGAACCGGGGUUCCAGCACCCUAAGAUGAAGGUCACGCAAGGCGACGGUCCGGCGGAGCCGUUCUCCUGCCCCUUCUGCCAGAAGGGCUUCUCCUACCAGCGCAUGCUGAAUCGCCACCUGAAGUGCCACAGCCAGGUGAAGAGACACCUCUGCCCCUACUGCAACAAGGGCUUCAACGACACCUUUGACCUCAAGCGCCACGUCCGGACGCACACAGGUGUGCGCCCCUACAAGUGCGACCUCUGCGACAAGGCCUUCACCCAGCGCUGCUCCCUCGAGUCGCACCUGAAGAAGAUCCACGGCGUGCAGCAGAGUUACGCCUACAAGGAGCGCCGUGCCAAGCUCUACGUCUGUGAGGAUUGCGGCUCCACCGCCGACAGCCAGGAGGCGCACCUCCGCCAUCUGCAGGAGCGCCACCCAGACAGCCCCCUCCUGCGCAAGGCCUCGCGCAAGGCCUCCCCUGCCCUCCACGGCGCCCCCGUCACUUCUCCGCUGCCGGGCAGCCUCUGAAAGAGGGCGGGGGGUGGAGGGGGUGUGGGAAGAGCCUGUGAGGGCCCACUGGGCCCCCCAGGCAAAGCCAGCCCCGCUCCCAGUUCAAGGAAACUCCGUGCUGGUGCGUUUCCUAGCAACGGACCGUCCUCCUUUUAAGCGGGUGCGUCUCCUAGCAACGGA